GACUAGGAUGUUUUCAAAACAUAUAGCAAUUCAUUGUUAAUUUUAGGAAAAAUUAAACAUUUACAAAACAUUGAUUUCUAUGGGAUUAGGACCCGUUUUGUAAUGUUAUGCAUGUGCCGGGCGGGAGCUGUUACAUAACCGAACAAGGAAGAGGUAGUUAUACUAAAACCUUAACCACAAGUUGCUUUUUCAGUGUCAAAAGGGUCGUCUAAAAAUCAAUUUCAGUUUGCCAGAAUGUGAAUCAUGCGCUGUAAAAUCACAGAGCUGUUGAUUCAUCAGAGUUUGUUUGAAAAAGUAAGACAGAAUCAAUUUUUGAGUUUCCAUAAAAGUAAAGUCCAAUACAUUUUAAAAAUCAAUUUUCAAACAUUGUGGUAGAUGUCAUUUUUUCCCAAUUUUUUGUACCCUAUGUGAUGUAAUUUUAGCUACGUGCAUCAUAUUUUAGUAUGCAUUAUAUAGUUGUUUUUGACUUACUAUUUUCAUAAAAUAGAAAUUUCAUUUGUAGUCCUACUGUAGGGUAAUUAAAGUGUAAAAUGGAAGCAUGCAUAUUGAUUGCAUUGCAUGCAAUUAAGGUAAAGAAAAAAGUCUAAAAACUGAAACUGUACAGUAAGAGGAGCAUAAGAAAAAGAAUACUAUUCAGUUAUUAAAAACAGCAUACUCACAUCAAAAGAAACUUAGGCUAAUUUUCUUUCAAAGUGUAUAAAAUGUGUAUAUUUGUACAUUGAAAACAGGAACAAAGAAAUUGAAAAAUGGACUGUUUAAAGUAAUGUUCUGUGAGAUGAGAAAAAGUGAAAACAGCAGUGAAGAAAAUAUUUAAUGAGUUUGAGGGUUUUUUUAAUAGUGAUGGUUAUGAAGUCUAACAGCUGGUGGGAGAGGAUUUGUGACAAUGCUUCUUUGUGCACCCAGGAUGCAGCAGUAAUCACUAAAACAGAAAUAAAUGUAAGACAUUUAUAAUUUUUUUAAGUAUUAAUUAAGCCUAUGAUGCUUGUUAUCUUUUGUUGCAUCCUCUGUUUGGGUCAAGUGCAGUUAUUUUUUUAUUUAUGGAUUUCAGUAUUUUGUGUUUAGAUUCAUAAAUUACAUAAUUUAUAGUUAAAAUUGCAUCUUGUUUUAACUGGAUACAUUUACAUAGUCAGCCUAUUAUUUUAUGUCUUUCUUGUAGCUGCUAUGUCCAUUGUGCUCUUAAAACUCCCUUAUAAUUUAAUGGUUUUCUUUGUGAUUGGUCAUCUUUUACCCACAUAUCCACAGACAGAAAACCCCAAAAUACUUGCAGAAUUAAUUACUUAAAUUUUAAAGUAUAGGCAUAAAGCCAUGAUUAGAGUUCAGAUUCCCAUUUUCUCAGCCUCUAAUGCUCAGAUGUAAAAGGUCUCAGCUUGAGGAAGUGGAAGGCGGACAGAAGGAACAUGUGGAAAAAAAGACUGAGACAGACAGAAGGUUCAUUUUUCCAGACAAACCGGCAACAGGACCUCUGCACUGCAGUCAUAUUUUCUGUUGUCUUGUGGUGAAGAUGCUCAGGUUUAUGAUUUUCUGUCAUGUCUGGUUUCUGAUCCAUGAUGUGAUCGACGGUGUUGAAAACUCCACAGAUCUUCAGGCUAAGAGCUUCGAGUUUUUGGCCAGUCUCUCUCCAUCAGAAGUGAUCCGGUUUUCAGUAUUGGAGGGUCAUCAUGUGUGCUUGCCAUGUGGGGGGUUUGCCGGCUCCAAUGUGAUCUGGACUCAUCAGAACCAGAGGGUCCUGGUGACCCGGCAGAGCAGCUACCAGACCAACCACUACCGUCAGCAUUAUGUUCUGUUGAGUGAUGGUGGUCUCUGCAUGCUGAAGCUCGAGGAUUCAGACAGUGGAGAGUACGAGUGCAACCAACGGCUGGUGGCUGAGCUGCAGGUGCUUACAGGACAUGACUUCACUGUAUCUACAGGCAGGACGCUUCUGCUUCCCUGCAGAGGCUCCUCUAAGUCUAAACACAGGUGGUUUAGACAGAGAGAAGGGGAGAAGGAGGAGGUCAUCUUCACCCGUUUCAGAAAUGGCACAGGGAAAGCAGAAAUAGACGGGAGUCGCCUGAGCUACGCAAAUGGCGCACUGCAGAUCGCAGACCUGCAGCCAGGGGACGCUGGAGCGUAUAUCUGCAACAGAGUUCUGCAGGCAAAACUCACCUUCCUGGAAGAGCAUCUUGUGCCAGCCAGCACCCCAUCAUCUACCACAAUAAGAACAGUCUCAGCUGUGUCAGUUGUGUUUGAAACACAGAACCCACCAAAGAAGAGACCAGAGAAUGCUCUGCUGCUGGUCGCUGUCAUUGGUUUGGGGUUAAUGGUCGUCCUGAUCGCUCUAGUCUGUAUUUUCCUCACCAGCAUGAAGAGCAGAAAGAGGAGGAGACACAGAUAUGCAGCAAAAAGACAGGAAGAGACAGAGCUGCAGCUGUGGAUGACAUAUAACUCCCAGACUGAGUAUGAGGUGUUUAAGCGUCCGUCCCUGCAGGAUGAUACCAUCCACUACGCCUCUCUGAGUCAACAGAUCUGGAGCCAGAGACCCAGCUGGUCUCCACCAGAUCAGAGCAGCAGUAAUGUUAUUUAUUCCUCGGUCAUCACCAGACCUGCAGCCAAACACACUUUCUCCUGAUCCAGUUUAUUUCUGCCAUUCUUUGUCAAACAAGACUGAGAAGUGUUUGACCUUUUGUGUCUCAAUUACUUAUAACUUUUAGCAUUUGAUUAAAGUCGUUACACCAUGAAGCACAGAAAUAUUAACAGUUAUUUUCUUUAUUAUUUCCUUGAGACUUUAUAACAAAAUAACUGAAACUGUUAAGUUACAUAUUAUGUCAGGUUAUGUUUAUUUGGUUUUUUGCUAACUGUAAAGAAGGUACUGAAAACAACAUUUCAUUUAUAUUUGUAACAAAAAGGAAUGUCAACAAGAUGCUGCAAAUCAACAGUUUUGCACAAAAUCAGCUUUUUACUUCUUAAACACUUUAUGAAAGUUAGUUUAAUAUCAUAAACAUAUUUACAUUUGAGUUACUGAAAACAAUGGACCCAUAAUUGACAGUGGAAUACAAAUGUACACUCUAAAAAAUAAAAAAUAAUAAAACAAA